AUGGAUCAUUGGGAUCCAGCAUUGGUCAAUCCUCUCGCGGCUCAGCGCCCAGUGUUGCUGAUUGAUAAUGCUGGAGUUGGCCGAUCCGAGGGUGAAAUUCCCGAUACCUACCCCGACUGGGCAGCGCAUUACACUGCCGUAAUCAAGCAGAUUCUUGGCCAGAACAGCAAGGUUGACGUAUUUGGUUAUUCGAUGGGCGGCUGCGUUGCGCAGCUUAUGGCCCUGAACGCGCCAGAACAGGUGCGACGAUUGGUGCUGGGCGGGACGAUUCCCAGUUCCGGAGACGGCGUUAGGCCGUCUCCCGAUGGCAAGGCAUUCAAGCGCCUCAAGGCGGCCAAGACUGUGGAGGAGGAGCGGCAAGCUUUCCUGGAUGGGUUCUUUGUGCAUUCCGAGCGCAGUCGGGAAGCGGGCAACAAGGCAUGGGAGCGCAUUAUCAACAACCGAUGCGAUGCCGGCGAGGUCAGAUGCGAACCAGUGCCUCCAGGGCCAGCUCAUAAGCAGGCGCUUGCGUUUGUCAGGUUCAUGGAUAAGAAAAAUGCUUCCCAAGGCAGCUACGAGCGGCUCCGACAGCUGCGUCUGCCCGUGCUAAUCGCCAAUGGCUGCGAUGAUUUGCUGCUACCUACUGACAACAGCAUCCUGAUGUGGAAAAUGCUUAGCUCCGCGGAUGCACGACUACAUCUGUUUCCAGAUUCAGGGCACGGGUUCCUGUAUCAAUACGCCGAUGAAUUCGCAAGUCUUGUGAAUGGUUUCCUUGGCGCCAAUAGCAGUAGCAGCAACAGUGGCGACGGCGGCAGUAGCUCGACUCGCGGCAGUCGGCUCUGA